AUGAAAUUGUUGAGGGAUUCCGUGAGCCACGACAGAAGCCAACCAGUCGUUGCUGAAGAGGAAUUGGUGUCAAUGCUCGGACUGAAUCGAAAUACUGAUAAUGAUGACGAUGGUGCAUUGUGGGAGGUAUUGGCGGAACCAACCGCGACAACGACGACGACCUUGAAAGCUGCUGUACUGGUCGGCGGUGCACAGAAAGGUAUUGGGAAACGAGUUUUCGAUACUGUUAGAUUACUACCGAAAAGGCAGUUUUUCAGUGUUUCUGAAAGAGAACUUCUGGCAAAAAUUGCAUCUCUUUUGAAAUGCUCAUUGCUGUCGUGGCACUUAUUUCGCUUUAUGCAUUUUUUCUACUUUUACCCGUUCUUCUGA